AUGGAUCGUCGCGGCUCGGCGCUUCCAGCCCACGCGCUUCGACUAAUAGCAGUCUUACUGAUCAUCACUGUCGCCCCCGCCACCGCUGGCCGGCGGAUAGACGCACUCGGCACAACGACAAACGCGGACUCCGCCGGCUCCGCGACCACCGCCGGCGGCUCCGCGACCUCUGACGACGCGACAGCUGGCGCGGCGGCAUCGGACCUCGCGGCGCUGGCGGUGGACGCGAAAACGAAGCAGGAGAUUAAAUCCCUCGCGCCGCUGUUGGGCGCCGCGGACCUGACGGGCGUCGACAAGCCCCCCGAACGCGCGUCGUACUUAACUAAAGAUGCGUUCGCGGCGGCGGCGCGAAAGUGGGUCGCGCAGGUGAAGCGGCGCGUGCAGGCGGUGCAGAAGCUGAUUCGGGCGGCGGGGGGAGGCGGAGGGAAGGGGCGCGGAAUAAGCAAGGGGAACAGCGCACGCGGGAACGCCACUGCUGUUGACAAAAGUCUGGGCUACACCCCCCCCACGACCAAGGACCUCAAUCCCACCAAGCUGCCAAAUCUCAACACCGUCUCGCGCUACCUCACCGUGGGUCUCACGCUCGACCAAACUUCCCAGAAGCUCACGUGGACCUUCCCACCCAGCGCGGACCACCGCCCGCUGCUCUUGCCUGACGACAACUUCGACCAGGGCAACUGCGGCUCCUGCUGGGCGUACGCAGUAGCUCGGGCGAUUCAGGGCGCGUAUGGUGCCGUGACAGACACGUACCCCGAGGGGCAGCCGCUGUCCGUGCAGCAGCUCGUGGACUGCACUGGCUCUGCUGCCUCCUGCCGGGGGGGUUACCCUGAGGCAGCGCUGCAGUACGCGGCGAAGAACGGGCUGCAGUAUGAGCAAGACUACGCGUAUACGGGGGCCACCGGCAAGUGCAGCGCGAACAAAACGAUGGAGAAGUGGAGCAUCUCGAUGUACGAGCAGGUGCCACUGCCGGGGCCGCUGGGGCUCAUUCUCGCGCUGCAGAAGCAGCCCGUCAUCGUCACCAUCCGCGCCUCCUCCCAAGACUUUAUCGACUACACGGAAGGCAUAUACCAGGGCUGGGGCUGCUACAACCCGCUGGGAACUGUCUCGGAUAGCUGGGGCAGUCUCGGACGGGCCAUGGCCACGGCUACAGCCACCAACAACACAGGCCUUCUAGACCACGUGAUGCUGGCCGUGGGGUAUAACUAUGACUCCCCGGGGAGCUGGAACAACUACUUCAUUUUGAAAAACAGCUGGGGGCCGCAGUGGGGCGAGGGCGGGUACAUGCGGAUUCGCAUGGAGAAUGGGCCGUUUGGCACGUGCGGCAUGCUGGUCAAUCGCGGGCUCUACCCCGUUGUGAGAGCCCAGAGCACCAAUCCCUGCAGCGCAUCACCGUGUGGGGGCGGCAGGUGUAUGGUCAACGAGAGGGACACCACCAAGUACACGUGCGAGUGCCCCGCCCCACUCGUGGCUGCUGUCAACCGUGACGGCACCGCUACGUGCACCGUCAUCGACGUGUGCAGUGUGCUACCCACCAACCCCUGCGUCGUGGGGCAGUGCAUCAACAGCGGUGACGGCGGCUACUCGUGCCUCUGCCCGCCCAACUACAAAACUAGCGUGCUCGCCUCCGGCCAGACCACCUGCGUGCCUGAGAUGUCAACGAGCAGCGCAGCAGCGGUGCAGGGCACGUACACAGUGCAGGGGGGGGAGACGUGUGGCGCCAUCUACGGCUUCAUCGGCCUCACCCAGGAGCAGUUCCUCGCACAGAAUGAGGGAGUGGACUGUGACAAUCUCAAGGCGGGUCAGGUGCUCAACAUCUCCAUCCCCUCCUCGGCUCAAGUGUGCCGCGUGCGCUACACUGUCACCCAGGCGGACGCAGCAGCAAGGAGUUGUGACCUCAUCAAUAAUCGCUUUGGCAUAGACGUCGCGACCAUCAACCCCAGCCUCGAUUGCUCAAGCCUCGUGCCCAACCAGCAGAUCUGCAUCCAGGUGGGCGAUGCCGUGUCAGGAGCAGCGGACUACAACCUGUGCACGAGCUACCUGCCGGUCAACGAGUGGGUCACGUGUGCCAACGCUGUGGAUUGGUACCGAAUCUCCUGGCUCGACCUCUACCGCUUCAACCCCGGCAUCAACUGCGACACGCUCACAGCACUCACCGCCUCCGAGAUCUGCAUCGCCGGCACGCCGUUGGGAGCGGUGGCAUGCGGUAAGGCGCGGUCAAAGACGGUGGCGAACCGGCGGUACACGGUGGGGGCGGGGGACAGCUGUGCGUCGCUGGUGGUGGUGCAGUUCCAGCGCCAGCCGCCGCUCGUGGGCCAGCUCAACCGCGGCUGGAUGUGCCGCUCCCAGAGCCUCUUCGCCGGCAUGCCCCUCUGCAUCCCCUCUUAG